UAGCAUUUCUCCCACUUUCACUACUUCUCUUGGCGUCGUAGCCGGAGGUAAAACGCGGGUGUUACAGUUUAGAUUUUAGAUACAAGAAUUAAAACCGAACAUAUAUAUUUUUCUUUCUAAGAUCGUGGUUUAUAUUUGGUGAAUAUCAAAUGUGUAAGUGACCAAAGUGAGAUUUGAUAUUGUAAAACUGAUCCUUUAAGUUGUGAUUGCACUCUGCUAACGAUUGGGUUACAUAAUGCGAUCGUCUCUGUACACUUUCUUCAAUAUUGAAUUAUUAGUAGCAAUUUUAUUUGUAUCAUCAUAUUCGGUAGCCUCGAAAUCGCAUGGCAAUAAAAAAAACAUCAGCAAGGAAACAAAAGAAUCGAAGGAAGUGGAUAUUUGUAAUAUCGAAAACCGAUAUACGCCGAUAAUCUGCUAUUGUACUACUGUUAUCAACGGUAACAUUGACGUGCAAAAUGCCACCAAAAUUAAUGCCAGUUGUUUGAUAUUGGAAAAGUUGGAGCACAGCAAUUCUAUAUGGAAUUAUUUUACGUCACAACCUUAUCUUGAACAAUUAAUGUUCACGGUACGGUCCAACGAUAGUUUUGACUAUGUACCCAGUCAGAUGUUGCGCCAGUUAAACAAUCUGCGCGUUGUCAAAUUCCGAUAUGCAAAGCUCGACGAACUUGCCGAGCGCGCUUUUAGCAAUCUCGUCAGUAUCCAGGAGAUCAGUCUUAAACGUAACACGAUAGUUGUGCUACAUAAGUACGCUUUCGAGAACAUGAAAAAUCUUGCUGCAAUUGAUCUCGACGAAAACCGUAUAUCUGAAAUUAAUAGAGACACAUUUGUAAAUCUACCGAUCUUACGCUCGUUACAUCUUAAUCGUAACAACAUCAGUAACGUGCACGACAGAGCGUUUAAAUAUUUAAAUUCGCUACGGGAACUUGAAUUGAGCGACAAUCAGAUUGUUGUUGUUAAACGUGACAGUUUCCAUGGUCUGAGCAAUCUGUUACGUCUUGAUCUAAGCAACAAUUUAAUCUCCACAAUUGACGAACGUAGCUUCGUCGAGAUGCCAGAACUAGUCGAGCUCAAGCUUGAUCAAAAUCAAAUUAAAUACAUAUCUGGAAGAGCGCUCGACGGUAUGCGCAAUCUUCGAAAAUUGCUGCUGAGCGAAAACCAAUUGAUGACGUUAACCUCGGAUUUUCUAGUUGGUGCACCCGGUGUUAACUUCUUAGAUUUGAGAAACAAUAAUCUGAAAACGAUGACUUUCGACAACAUCAAACCCAUCAUAUUUAAUCUUUAUAGCACCGAUAGCCAGUUUUACUUGAACGACAACAGAUUAAUUUGCGAUUGCAAACUUGCGUGGAUCUGGGGUUUACAACACGAGACAAAAAGCACAAAACUGAAAGACGCUUUGAAAGAACUUAUUUGCAUUCUAGACAUUAAUGAAUCGCAAAAGAUCAACAACGAAAACUUCGAAAAAUCUCAGCAACGUAAGAUUACGCAAAACUUUAGCAAGUUUUGCUUUGCAUACAAAGAAACAUGUAUAAAACAAAGAUUUUUGCUUUCCAUGUAA